CGUUGUCGGGGGCGCGCGAGGACCCCGGUGGGCGGAGGAGGGCGCGGGACCGACCCCGAUGGCUGGGGCUGGCCCCGAAGCCGGCCGGGCUCUCUCGGCGCUCCUGGCAGGAAGAUCCAAGAAACGAGCCUCUGAGCUUAGGAAUGCCCAAGAACUUCAGGAGGCAGCUCUGCGUAUUCUGAAUAGUUACCAGAACCUGAGUGACCUUUUGCAGGAGGUGGGAGGUUCAGAAUGUAAUACGCUAUUAUAUUCCCGCAGUUCUGGCACCGAUGGCCAGGAAGGUUCAGUUCCAGAAUCAUUCGUGGUCUCCGCCCUGCAGGAAGAGGCCUCCAUGCUUGGUGUACCACUGGGAAUCUUGUCAGCCAGAACUGCAGCAGGUAGCAUUGAGAAGAUUUCUGCUGGGUCUGGGAAGGCUGCCCUGCUGAAUGCAGAACAAAGGAAAAAACUAUCCUGCUUGCUUCAGACCUUGAGGGAUUUAUUAGCACGCAACGCUUUCUGCCGUUUGGUGUUUGCUCAAGAAAUAUGGAGAAUGCAGACCCCUCUCAUCCUGGAGCUUGCUUGGCACCUGCACAGAGAAGGCGUCCUUAGCCUGGAAGCGCUGCUGGAGAAUCAUCCAGACACGUCUGCGUUGGUGAAAUGGCUGUGCACCAGCCUCCGUCUUCUGUGCCACCAGGCAGAAGGUUCUUCCCUGGACUCGGAGACCCUGGGGUGCAUUCUUGCAGACUUUGUGAUUAUGUUUCUUCAUAACGGAUUCCAGAAAACAUCUGAGAUGGGAAAGAAAUUGGAAUUGCAGCCUAUCCCCUCCAAAAUCUGCCGAGCUGUAUUGGAGGAAAUGCUGGCAUGGGUACUUGACACUGCAGCUAAAGAAAAGCAAGAGGAUGCUUCUGCAUUGAGGGCUGUGAAACGUUGGCUGGAUGUGUUCAGUUUGACGGCUUCUCGAGGCACAGUCCCUUCUGAGUCUCUGCAGGACUUCUUCAGCCACACCUUCACCCACGUUCUUACUUACAACCCUCAGCUAAAAGUUUCUGACGCCCUUAACCUCCAGCGAGAGUGGAGCUUCACAAGGAGCAGCUCGUUGCUCACCAGGCUCUAUCGGAAGCUGUUUGUGGGGCUCAGAGCGGAGAAGCUGAUAGGUCAUUUGCAGCAAGUCCUGGAGGCUAACGAAGUGAAUUGGCAUCACGUGCUCUCCUGCAUUUCCACGCUGCUGGUCUGCCAUGCUGAAGCAGAACAGCUGGUUAAAGAACUUCUGAGCCAUCUCUUGAGAAAAGCCUUUGAGAACUACGACUUGGAAAACUUGAUCACUGCGUUCUUAAUUGCCCGGCAGGCAGCGCUUGAGGGCCCUGCUCUGUUCAUGUCUUAUUCUGAAUGGUUUAAGCUCGCCUUUGGGAGUGCCAGUGGUUUCCAUGGCAGCAGCAAGAAGGCUUUGGUCUUCCUCUUCAAGUUCCUGUCGGAGCUGGUGCCUUUUGAAUCCCCGCAGUAUUUGAAGGUUCACAUCAUGCAUCCGCCCUUUGUGCCCACUAAGUACCGUCCCUUUCUUCUGGAAUACAUCACUCUGGCCAGAACUCGGCUGGCAGAUCUCAAGGUUGCAGUCGAAGACAUGGGCCUCUAUGAGGAUUUAUCUUCCACAAAAGAUGCUAUACAGCCACACUGCCAGGCACUUCAGGAUGUCGAAAAGGCUGUUCAGAUAUUUGAAAACACGUGGAAGAUUCCAGCAGUUGUGUUGGAAGCCAGUGUCUUCCGGAGGCCUUAUUACAUCUCCCGAUUCCUUCCUGCUUUGCUCAUGCCACGUUUGCUCCCUGAAACACCGGACUCUCACAUGGCUUUAAUAGAUGCCCUAAAGAGGGCUGAGAAGAUUCCCCCGAAUAUGUAUUCCAGGUUUAUUGAAGAAUGUCAGUCUGUGAAAGAGAAGUUCUUACAUGGUGGCUGUACAGAAACGAAGGCAGGCGAUUUCAAGGAGCCCUUGGAACUACUGAAGGCUGAACUUGAAGCCCUGAAACUGCUGGUUACAGACCAAAGCAUGCAAGAUGGUGUGCCGGCCCAGGUGGCUCUGGUCUCUGAGAAACUGGCAGGUGUUCUGAGGUGUAGGAAAGACGAGGACGAAGCCGCAUCUCUGAGCCUGAGAAUCAAGUUGUGUCUUUCUGUUCCUGAAGUCCGGCAGCAGGAUCAAGAGGUUGUCGAUCUCUUGCUGACAGCGUUUUGCCAGAAUGUAAUGGCUGCUUCCUACUUCAGCCCUCCAGAUAGGCAGGGGGCCUGGCCAUCUCUCUUCGUGAAAAUGGUUUGUGGACACCAGCAACUCUUGCCUUCCUUGCUGAGCCGGCUCAGCCAACUUAUUUAUCAUCAGGGUCCUUCUUUAAGUGAUGCACAUGCCAUAGGCUUGGCUGUCUUUGUGGUUCAUUUGAAUGAAGCCAAAUCCUUAAUUCCUGAGGUGGACAUCUACUCCUGGGUUCCACACGGGAUCACGGCCAGAGGCCUUCCUGUGGCUGAACUCUGGGAUCAUCUCUUGGCCUGCGAGACAGGAGAAUCAGUGGUCUUCUGCAUGCGGUUUUGUACAGCAGCUGUUUCUUAUUCUCUGUGCAAGUUCUCUUCCCUUUCUCACGAGUUCUUAUGCACCUCACUUCACCCUGGUUUUUUAAAAAAGCUCCAGUACGUUGUGCCACGGCUCAGUGUAGAAGCCCGAGGAACUGGUUGUGAAGGAGACGUGGCGGAGUAUCCUUGGAAGUCUUUAUUCCACCCCACCCUCCGCAAUCAGAAAGCUGCCCUCUGUUUGUGGAAGCAAACACGCUUUAAAAAACUCUUGCAAGAGAAAACAUUCCAGCUGACCCUCCGGGAGUGGCUGCUGAUGGAACUAGGAGUCCAUCCGGAUGAAGAUGUCCUGUCUGCUUCUGAAAGGCAGGAGUUCCAUUACUGGGCCUUGUAUCAGCAAUAUCUGCCUGCCUCUGCUGCUGCCGGAGGCUGCGAGGGAGACCUGCGAGAGGCGUGUGCUGUUCUUAUUGGCACGGUCUUGGAUUUCUGCCAGAAGUCCGAGUUGUCCAACUGCCGCCGCUUAGAGAAUCCAAAAUGUUCCGUUCCCUGCAGGAGAGGAAGCCCUGAGAUUCAUUGCCGAUUGCAGGAGAUGCUGCUGGAGGUGGAACUGGAGCGCAGGAGAGCCCCGCCCGACAGCCGCGUGGCUGAGGAGCACUUCCUCUUCAGGACUCUCCGGGAACGGACAAAAGCUCUGGGGGCCGAGUCUGCCGAGGCGGAGAGGCUGCUCAGGCAGCAGGAGCUGCUCCUUCAGACGAGGGUUCUCUUGGGUCUCCCUCCCUCACUGCUCAUCACAGCCCAGCGGAAAGGGAAGGAAAUCGCCCUGGACUGCGAGGACUUCUUCUCUUUCGUGAACGCAGAACUGAAGAACAUCUGCAGCAGAGGCUAUGCACUCUCCUAUGACAUCACGGCUCACUUCUUCAGGGGCCUGCUGAGUGCCAGUUUGGAGUGCCGCCAGUCCGCGCAGGAGGUGACUGCCGUUCUCGCGUCCUGUCAAGCAAGGUGUCCUAUACUCCUUUGCUCUGCAGCGCGAUGGUGGCGGAAGCUGGAGGCUGUGCUCUGCUCCGAGUGGAAGAGACUUUUCACAGUGCCGCUUGCGCAGGGCUUGCAGAGGCUUGAGGAGAGGCAGCGCUCUGUCAACAGCUUCCUCUCGUCAGAAACAUCUCUGGUCUUUGAUGUACCCUGGAUUUCUGCUGCUUUCCUCCAUUUCACUGUUCAGCAGCAAGCAGCACAUGACAAAACAGGAGAGGCACUGAACAGGCUGGGGCCCGGAGCAGAGCAACUCCUGUUGUGCCUCCUCUUCUUGUCAGUCGUGGAUUUCAUCUCGGCGAGGCUAGCCCCACAGGAAGGGAUGGAUGUGCCCACGGCCUUGGGCUGGAGCUCUAAGAUAGCCCAGCUGCUGGAAGAUCAAGGCGUGGACUGGCUGGCUCCUUUCCAUUCAGGAGGGACAGAGGAUGACCCUUGUCGAAUCCUGCAUAGCGCUGUGUCAGAUCAGCACCUGAAGCACCUGCCAGUGGCCUUCUACAGCCUCCUCUUCACCUUGCGCCCAGAGCGACUGAUCAGACAGCAGCAGACAUUCCUGUACGUGGCCGUCGACAUGUACACGCAGUUGCUGCAGCUCUUCAUGGAAGGGACGGCGGUGGCCAGACUGGACCCGCGGGAAUCACGCACACGUGACGGGGAGCCUGAGGAUCCUUUGGCCAAGAUACAAGCAGCGCGGCAGUUCCUGGUUCGGGCGAUCCCACAGUGUCCUCUGGGGAGCUUCUCCCGCCUCCAUCAGUUACUGGCUCUCUGUGGAGAGCUUGACCCUGAGCUCAAGGCAACCCUCGUGAACUGCUGGCAACCCCCUGAGGAGGAGCUGCUGCUUUUCUGAGUGAUGGAGACGGCUGAAGCUGGGCUUGGGCAGCAGGCAAAAGGCAGCCAGAGCGAGCGAGGACACUGCCCAGAAACAGGGCCCACUUCUCCCGGAGCCCACGCAGUUCAAAGUACCAUGUAAAUAAUUUAUUACAAGCAUAACCAUGACUUUGUUACAAU